AUGGCCGCACUGAGUUGUCUUUUGGACAGUGUUAGGAGGGACAUAAAGAAGGUGGACAGAGAAUUAAGGCAAUUGAGAUGUAUCGACGAAAUCAGCUCCCGCUGCCUGUGUGACUUGUACAUGCACCCGUACUGCUGCUGCGACCUGCACCCCUACCCCUACUGCCUCUGCUACUCCAAGCGCUCCCGCUCCUGCGGCCUGUGCGACCUCUACUACCCGUGCUGUCUGUGCGACUACAAGUACUACUGCCUGCGCCCGUCACUCCGCAGCCUAGAGAGACUCAGAAGGACGACAAAUCGAAUUCUGGCCUCCUCUUGCUGCAGCAGUAACAUAUUAGGAUCAGUGAACGUCUGCGGCUUUGAGCCUGAUCAAGUCAAAGUGCGCGUGAAAGAUGGCAAGGUCUGCGUGUCGGCCGAGAGGGAGAACAGGUAUGACUGCCUCGGAUCCAAAAAGUACAGUUACAUGAACAUCUGCAAAGAGUUCAGUCUGCCGCCAUGUGUGGAUGAGAAGGACGUGACGUACUCCUACGGGCUCGGCAGUUGUGUCAAGAUCGAGUCUCCAUGUUACCCUUGCACGUCUCCCUGCAACCCCUGUAACCCCUGCAGCCCCUGCAGCCCCUGCGGCCCCUGUGGCCCCUGUGGUCCCUGUGGCCCCUGCGGUCCCUGUGGCCCCUGCGACCCUUGCAACCCCUGCUACCCCUGUGGAAGCCGAUUCUCCUGUAGGAAGAUGAUCUUGUAA